UUACAUUGUUUCUGGAGUUUUGGAAGCGGCGCCAGGCGGAGCUUGAGUAUGAAUGGGACACUGUUGAGCUGCAGCAAGAGGAACAGGCCCGGCCAGAGUACGAGGCCCAGUGCAAUCACGUGGUAAUAAAUGAGAUCACUCAGGAGGAAGAACGUAUCCCAUUCACUACCUGUGGGAAGUGUAUCCGGAUCACCCUGUGUGCUAGUGCUGUCUUCUUCUGGAUCCUGCUCAUCAUCGCCUCUGUGAUCGGGAUCAUCGUCUACAGGCUGUCCGUGUUUAUCGUGUUUUCUGCAACGCUUCCCAAGAACCCCAACGGGACAGACCCGAUCCAGAAGUACCUGACCCCACAGAUGGCCACAUCCAUCACAGCCUCCAUCAUCAGCUUCAUCAUCAUCAUGAUCCUCAACACAAUCUACGAGAAGGUGGCCAUCAUGAUCACCAACUUCGAACUCCCAAGGACCCAGACUGAUUAUGAGAACAGCCUGACCAUGAAGAUGUUCCUGUUCCAGUUUGUCAACUACUACUCCUCCUGCUUCUACAUUGCAUUCUUCAAGGGCAAAUUCGUAGGCUAUCCUGGGGACCCAGUGUACUGGCUGGGCAAAUACAGAAACGAAGAGUGUGACCCGGGGGGCUGCCUCCUUGAACUGACUACACAGCUGACCAUCAUCAUGGGGGGAAAGGCUAUCUGGAACAACAUACAAGAAGUACUGCUCCCAUGGGUUAUGAAUCUAAUUGGACGAUAUAAAAGAGUCUCAGGAUCAGAAACGAUCACUCCACGAUGGGAACAGGAUUACCAUCUGCAGCCCAUGGGCAAGCUGGGAUUGUUCUAUGAGUACCUUGAAAUGAUUAUUCAAUUUGGGUUCGUCACCUUAUUUGUGGCCUCUUUUCCACUGGCUCCCCUGCUGGCUCUGGUGAACAAUAUUUUGGAAAUAAGAGUGGACGCAUGGAAGCUCACAACUCAGUUUAGACGCAUGGUGCCAGAAAAAGCCCAGGAUAUCGGCGCAUGGCAGCCCAUCAUGCAAGGAAUAGCCAUCCUGGCCGUGGUGACCAACGCCAUGAUCAUUGCCUUCACAUCAGACAUGAUCCCCCGCCUGGUGUAUUAUUGGUCCUUCUCCAUCCCUCCCUAUGGGGACCACACUUACUACACCAUGGAUGGCUACAUCAACAACACUCUCUCCGUCUUCAACAUCACUGACUUCAAGAAUACAGACAAAGAAAACCCAUACAUUGGGCUUGGUAACUAUACCUUGUGCAGGUACCGUGACUUCCGAAACCCACCUGGACACCCACAAGAGUAUAAACACAACAUCUACUAUUGGCACGUGAUUGCCGCCAAGCUGGCCUUUAUUAUUGUCAUGGAGCAUGUCAUCUACUCUGUGAAGUUCUUCAUUUCCUAUGCAAUUCCGGAUGUGUCGAAAACCACGAAAAGCAAGAUCAAGAGGGAGAAGUACCUCACGCAGAAGCUGCUUCAUGAGAGUCACCUCAAAGACCUGACCAGAAACAUGGGGCUCAUAGCCGAGAGGAUAGGAGGGGUAGCUGACAACAGUGUGCGGCCAAAACUCGAGUGAGCGAGAGCUGUGUGUCCUGAGAAGCACUUUAAAAGUCAUUAGCUGCCAGACGUAUUGUGAAUCACUAGAGAGGAUGGCAUUCAACUUCCUAGGCAGACAGAGUCUUCACCGUGCCCAUGUCUGCCUGUACCGUUUUUCCAGUUUCAGCUAGCAGUGCGGGAACUGGAGAGUGGAAAACUUUGAUCAGGAAGGGCAUAAAACCACCUACCUGGAGGACCUGAAUAUGUUCCCUCUUUUGAUAAAUUGGAAUUUUAGUAACAGAAAAAAAAAAGCCUCGAGGUGUGCCCAAGUCCUCCCCGGGGCUCUGCUUUUCUGACCUCAAGUGCAUUGCUCCUUUUCUGUGCUUAAUUUUACAUUUUGCCAAAUCUAUCCCAGACCUAUUUCGUCCGGACAGCACCAUCACCAAAGACCAGGCGGACCUCAGCCUUACUCACAUUUGUGUUAUCAACAAUAGCCAGCUCAGGAUUGAGUCUGGAUGCUGUGCUAGGUGCCAGGUAGACUCAAGACUUCACAGUAUUUCAGUGUCUUACUAUACCCCAUGGAAGGAGACUCCGCUGCGUAUGAAACAGCUUCUGUAUCAUUUCAGCCUAUAUUUCCACCUCCAAGAAAUAUGUGUCUUAGAUUGGCUUGAAGAUGGAGGUUAUCAAGUGAAGGCCGUCCCUGUUACUCCACGGUGACACCUGCUUUCUAGCAGUACUCCCAGCAUGCUCUGGGCCUGACCAGUGUUGGCUGACUUUCAGAUCUUCAGGGAGUAAGAUGAAAAGGUAGUAGCUCUUAUUGAUCUGAACGGUUAAUUUACCUCUUCUUGAUAUGUAAGUUUUUUGGUUAGAUGAUAAUCAAAUGCUUAUAAUUGUAUCGUCAUCAACAGAGUGGGCUAGGCAGCCCCUCAACUUCAUGCAAACUGACUUAGCAGAUGCAGAAACAAGGCACCACCAAUCACCAAGCGCCUUCUGCCUGCCUCACUGAGAAGGCUGGUGGCCUGACGACACUGGGCAUAGUCAGAGCAACAGCCAGCAACCCAAUCACUAGCCAUAUCCUGUGAUCCUUCUGUGGCCCGUGUCACUCACUGGGAAUGCUACUGACUUCUCUGCUUACCACAGUGACCAGCUUCCUUGCCGGCUCCAUCCAUUUCCCAGACCUGCUAACUCCUUUGUAAUCACAGCUGUGCUGGACACACGUCUAUCCGGAUUGUUCCCUUUGAGGAAGGAAACCCAGGAUUUAAUUUGAGCCCCCAAGCCUCCUCUCAGGCCAUGAGGGAGUUACGGGAAAGGCUGGUCUAUCUGCCGGUGGCUUGCUGCUAAGCCUCAGCUUCCUAGUGCCUUGCCCUCCCUGUUGCUUGGCUGAGCGGUUUCUCUGCAGCCUAUACAUGCUCAGCUUUUCCUCCUCCUGGAGGAGACAUGGCUAUACCUCGCACCUUUGACUGGUAACGGAGCACCCUUGUCAGUGCUGGGUGAAGAAGGGAAGACCUGCCUCACACUUUGGGAUCAGGCCUCUGCUGACUGGAUCAGUGUGAAAUGCCUGGGUGCCUGGGAGCCAAGCCAAGGAAAGCAAACGGUUUUAAGAGCCUGCCUUCUCAACGCUGAGCUGAAGCAGCUUUCACUCCAGGCUGUGGUUUAAAUGCCCACCGGGAAUGAUUUACUAGAGAAUCAACAUGAUUAAUCAGAGCAGUGUUCUGGGCUUUUGAGUAGCCCAGUGGGUCAGUGGGAACAUUUCCUCUCCCUUGUACUGGGAGUCCAGGGCCUGCCACACAGUGACUACCUGUCCUGAGAUAGAAAUGACUGCCUUUCCCCCUGACGGAUGUUCUCACUCCACAACUAAAACCAGGUGCCACUCCCUGUCCCCACCCGGACUGCCCUGGAGGUCCUCACUUCCUCUGUUACCUCUUCUCCAGAACCUGUGCUCAUUUCUUAAGGACAAGAAAGUACUCACACUUCACAUCAUAGGAAAGGAAAUCUUUCCUCGCAUAACUCUCCCCUUCCUUUCUUUGUAUACACAAAGAAAACGUCAAAUAAAAAGUGCAUUUAUUCAUCUAUAUCCCUCAGCCAAGAACUCCCUUCACCAUGUAGAAAGUACCACUGUGGACAGAAGAAGAAGAAAAAAACACCUGCUUUCCUGAAAGGAGCACUCAUGGCAUCUGAUGCUACCAGAAAGCUGAAUGACAAAGUUGAUGUGAGCUGUAGGGUCCCAAUGGCAUCAGUAUCAUUCCUACGAAGCCUGUGCCAAGUUGAUGAUGGAAAGAAACAGGGGACACCUGCAGUAGCAGUGAGGUAGCCCCCCAGCCCUAGGAAAACCAAGGGCAUGGCUGUGGCCAGUGAGGGAAGGCUAUCCACCUGUCUGGCAUGAACCACUAGAGAAAUUCUCUCCUUUUGUAAUGCCUUUGCAUUUGAAUGGAUUAAAGCGAUAGACUCAAUACUCAGGGGAUUUUUCUUUAAAUGUUCCUCGGAUGUUUUAGGUAUUCCAUUAGAAGUAGAAGGCCACACUUUGUCUUGAAAUUAAACGAGGCCAUCUGGUAAUGAGUCUGUCAAGGUUUCCCCUUUGCAGGGCACAUGGGUCUUGAGUUGCAUAGGACAUUCAUUUGGGAUGGGGGGAAGAACGGGGUGUGUUGGUUUCACGGUUCUGUGUGCUCCUUGUGUUCGUUCCUAUUAUGUUUGAAAAGAGGAGACAGUGCCCAGAUCAGCUAAAAAGGGACUGAGAUUCAUGAUGCUUUCCGAAUAGUGUAUCCCCAGUGUAAUGUUUGUAACUGAUGUUUGUUAAUUUCUAUGCAUUUUAAUAUUUUUUAAUUAAUGAGCAUUUUAAUAAAUUCAG